AUGAGCACACCAAGCAUCCCAAGCUCUGGAUCUGGUGCUAGGCAGUCUUCCAUUACUGUAGCUGUUAGAGUAAGACCAUUUACAAUUCUCGAAGAACAAAAGCUAGUGGCUGCAGACGAAGGCAGCGCAUUCUUUGGUGAUGGCUCUCUUUCAAAUAAUACAAAUACACUGGCAGCUGCCAAUGCAAACACAUACGCUCAAGGCGGUCUACGAAAGAUCAUCGAAGUAGUAGAUGAUAAAAUGUUGAUAUUUGAUCCGUCCAGAACAAAUCCCUUAGCUAGAAUGCAGCAGAAUGCCUUCCCCAAUACUAAAACCAGAAUACGGGAACAUCGCUUUGUUUUUGAUAGGCUUUUUGAUACAACGACUCCUCAAGAAGAUGUAUAUAAUGCAACAACUCGUCCUUUGCUUGAUUCCAUACUUGAAGGGUUCAAUGCAACUGUGUUUGCAUAUGGAGCUACUGGAUGUGGUAAAACCCAUACCAUUCUGGGUACAGAGAAUGAUCCAGGUAUUAUAUUCCUCACAAUGAAAGAGUUAUAUGAACGAAUUGAUGAAUUAAGAAACGAUAGAGUCUUUGAAGUGACGUUAUCGUAUUUGGAAAUAUAUAAUGAAACUAUAAGGGAUUUGUUACAACCAGAAACCGAGCAUCGUCGUUUGAUACUACGUGAAGAUUCAAAUAAUAGGAUUUCUGUAUCAAAUCUCCUGUGUGUUCAACCUCAAUCAGUAGAAGAAGUCAUGAAUUUGAUUCUUCAAGGAAACGCCAACAGAACAUCUUCUCCUACAGAAGCAAAUGCAACAUCAUCUCGUUCUCAUGCUGUCCUUCAAAUAAAUAUUAUGCAACGACCCAAGACGGCAGAUAUCGUUGAAAGUCAUACUUACGCAACCUUAUCAAUAAUUGACCUUGCAGGAAGUGAAAGGGCAGCAGCUACAAGAAAUAGAGGAAUCAGGCUUAAUGAAGGGGCUAAUAUAAAUAAAUCUUUAUUGGCUUUAGGAAAUUGCAUAAAUGCAUUAUGUGAUCCUAGGCGAAGAAAUCAUGUUCCAUACCGUGAUUCAAAACUCACCCGACUAUUGAAGUUUUCUCUUGGUGGAAAUUGUAAAACGGUUAUGAUUGUCUGUGUGUCCCCUUCUUCCCACCAUUACGAUGAAACUUUGAAUACACUCAAAUAUGCCAACAGAGCAAAAGAGAUUAAAACAAAAGUCAUAAGAAAUCAACAAAAUUUAGACCGUCAUGUUGGAUCUUAUUUAAAAAUGAUAACGGAGCAAAAAAUGGAGAUAUUGGAUUUAAAACUGAGAGAAUCUCGUAUUGUUGAAGAAGAGCUACAGAAGCAAAAUAAUAUAAAUGAAAAGUGUAUUAAUGAGUUAAGACUUCUGAUUACAAAUAUUCAACGGUCAAUAGAGUCUCAGACACAGGAUAAGUGGAGAAGAUAUUUUGUACUUGCUAAGAGAAAGAUAUUAUUUACUCAUAAAGUUGGUACAGAAAGUCUUAUUGAGAGCCUCCAAGAAUCGGAUGAUGCUAAUGCGGUUCCCGAAUAUGACUUCUUCUUAAAUAAAUGCCACGAGUUGUUGCAGAAACUAGAAGGUCAAAUAGCUCAAUUAGAAGCACAAUAUUCUGAGCCUAAUCAACUUGAUCAUAUUCUUGAUAAGUCAGCCAACCAAGUAUUGAAGAAACUCAAAGAAAUGGAGGGAUGGAACGAAGGUCAUACUAGUUUAUUUCAAGAUAGCAUUGAAUUAUUGAAUGAUUACGUGUUAAAGGAUAUCCUUCUUAACUCUUCUGUCCUCUCGGAUUAUCUUGCCAAAGAAUUGACCGAGUUUCAAUAUAUUCACAAGAAUUUUAUUUCUGUUAUCAAAUCUGCUGAUCCAAAAGUUGCUUUACAGAGUAUUACAAAUUCGAUUCAAAAUAUUCUUGAUGGAGAACUAGACAGUGCCUUAGAAUCGCUCACCUCUGAAUUCAUGCAACAAAAAGUCAAUCCAGAAACAACGAUCCCAAAUUUAGACAAUGUUCUCAACAACAAUCCAUCAUCAUUUAUUCCAAGACAACGACAGGUGAGUGGUAGUAAACGUAGUUUUGAUUCUCCGUUGAAGGUUUCACCGCCGGCGAAAAAGAAGUUUGCACCCAUAGACCAUAUGCUAGCCGGUUACAGUGAGAGGACGUUGGCAAUUCCAAAAAAGGUUCGUUGGGAUGCGAAUGUUCCAAGUAGUGACGUUGGAAGCAUCGCUGAUUUGAGUAUGGAUGAGCAGCAGUUUAGAAGUGAGGAUGAUGCAUCAAUCUUGAUUGAUGAUAAAUUACUUGAUUCUCCCAAUUCAUCUAUAUUACAUGAUGAUUCUACACCGGCUCAUGGAUUAUCAGGAACUCUGGGAAAUAAUAGUUUAUUUUUCAAUAGGAGACUUUCAAUGUCCCUUUCUGAGAACUCUGGAGACGGGAAGACCCAUGACACUACACGUUCCAUUCGUACUCCGCAAUUGAAUGUUGGAGCAGCUAGUACAAAGCUGUUAAUUGUAGAUGGUGAGGGUUCGCAAUAG